AUGGAGAAUGCUUCUGUAAAAGAGGAAAUAGGGGGAUCAGCUACCCAAUCCGCCCUCCGAUCUGUUGCUCGCGCAGCUGAUGGUGUUGAUUCAAAAAUAUCGACGAAUAUUGUGAAAGGAGUUCUUGGAGUAGCCUCUCUAACAUCUCUCGUUUUUGGUGUUCGUAGUGCCUAUAAGCAUACACGCCAUAAAGAAGCUGCUGAUCUAGCUAGAGCUCAACUGGUGUCUGGUGUUGGUUUCGCUUCCAAAGCCCUAGCGGUUGCGACUAUUAUUACUGUUUCUGGUUUUUCCUUGUUCGCAGUAGGUGUAUCUUGGAUCCUCGACGUAAACACACCUCGCCAAUUUGGCACAGCGAUGAAAAAAUCGUUUGGAGAAUCCUUAAGACUACCUCAAAGCAAGAAUUCUCAAAGUUUUGAGGACUUGAUAAACGCCAUCGAAAAGAAAGAUCCCGCAGCUGAAACUUCAGCUCAGACCCAACCACAAUAA